AUGCCACAUUAUUUUAAUACAGAAAAGAGAGAAGAAAAUGAAAAGCGAGGAGAAGGAAGGGGUGCCUUCCCACCUCCCCCAACCACAGAAUCAAAGAGCAAGAGAGGAGAGGGACGCGGUCCUUUCCCACCUCCCCCAACCACAGAAUCAAAGAGCAAGAGAGGAGAGGGACGUGGUCCACCUCCCCCAACCACAGAAUCAAAAAGCAAGAGAGGAGAGGGACGCAGACCUUUCCCACCUCCCCCAACCACAGAAUCAAAAAGCAAGAGAGGAGAGGGACGUGGUCCACCUCCCCCAACCACAGAAUCAAAAAGCAAGAGAGGAGAGGGACGUGGUCCUUUCCCACCUCCCCCAACAACAGAAUCAAAGAGCAAGAGAGGAGAGGGACGUGGUCCUUUCCCGCCUCCCCCAACCACAGAAUCAAAGAGCAAGAGAGGCGAGGGACGUGGUCCACCUCCCCCAACCACAGAAUCAAAAAGCAAGAGAGGAGAGGGACGCGGUCCUUUCCCACCUCCCCCAACCACAGAAUCAAAGAGCAAGAGAGGAGAGGGACGCGGUCCUUUCCCACCUCCCCCAACCACAGAAUCAAAGAGCAAGAGAGGAGAGGGACGUGGUCCACCUCCCCCAACCACAGAAUCAAAAAGCAAGAGAGGAGAGGGACGCAGACCUUUCCCACCUCCCCCAACCACAGAAUCAAAGAGCAAGAGAGGUGAAGGACGUGGUCCACCUCCCCCAACCACAGAAUCAAAAAGCAAGAGAGGAGAGGGACGUGGUCCACCUCCCCCAACCACAGAAUCAAAAAGCAAGAGAGGAGAGGGACGCGGUCCUUUCCCACCUCCCCCAACCACAGAAUCAAAGAGCAAGAGAGGAGAGGAACGCGGUCCUUUCCCACCUCCCCCAACCACAGAAUCAAAGAGCAAGAGAGGAGAGGGACGUGGUCCACCUCCCCCAACCACAGAAUCAAAAAGCAAGAGAGGAGAGGGACGUGGUCCACCUCCCCCAACCACAGAAUCAAAGAGCAAGAGAGGUGAAGGACGUGGUCCACCUCCCCCAACCACAGAAUCAAAAAGCAAGAGAGGAGAGGGACGUGGUCCACCUCCCCCAACCACAGAAUCAAAAAGCAAGAGAGGAGAGGGACGCGGUCCUUUCCCACCUCCCCCAACCACAGAAUCAAAGAGCAAGAGAGGAGAGGAACGCGGUCCUUUCCCACCUCCCCCAACCACAGAAUCAAAGAGCAAGAGAGGAGAGGGACGUGGUCCACCUCCCCCAACCACAGAAUCAAAAAGCAAGAGAGGAGAGGGACGUGGUCCACCUCCCCCAACCACAGAAUCAAAGAGCAAGAGAGGUGAAGGACGUGGUCCACCUCCCCCAACCACAGAAUCAAAAAGCAAGAGAGGAGAGGGACGUGGUCCACCUCCCCCAACCACAGAAUCAAAAAGCAAGAGAGGAGAGGGACGCGGUCCUUUCCCACCUCCCCCAACCACAGAAUCAAAGAGCAAGAGAGGAGAGGAACGCGGUCCUUUCCCACCUCCCCCAACCACAGAAUCAAAGAGCAAGAGAGGAGAGGGACGUGGUCCACCUCCCCCAACCACAGAAUCAAAAAGCAAGAGAGGAGAGGGACGUGGUCCACCUCCCCCAACCACAGAAUCAAAGAGCAAGAGAGGAGAGGGACGCAGACCUUUCCCACCUCCCCCAACCACAGAAUCAAAAAGCAAGAGAGGAGAGGGACGCGGUCCUUUCCCACCUCCCCCAACCACAGAAUCAAAAAGCAAGAGAGGAGAGGGACGUGGUCCACCUCCCCCAACCACAGAAUCAAAAAGCAAGAGAGGAGAGGGACGCGGUCCUUUCCCACCUCCCCCAACCACAGAAUCAAAGAGCAAGAGAGGAGAGGGACGUGGUCCACCUCCCCCAACCACAGAAUCAAAAAGCAAGAGAGGAGAGGGACGCAGACCUUUCCCACCUCCCCCAACCACAGAAUCAAAGAGCAAGAGAGGUGAGGGACGUGGUCCACCUCCCCCAACCACAGAAUCAAAAAGCAAGAGAGGAGAGGGACGUGGUCCUUUCCCACCACCCCCAACUACAGAAUCAAAGAGCAAGAGAGGAGAGGGACGAGGUGCUUUCCCACCUCCCCCAACCACAGAAUCCAAAUGA